AGGACGAGUGGUACGGACAUCGCCGACGGAGACCGCAAACACGGUUCCCCUUUAAACACGGUCUUAUGACUACAGCCUCACAGAGAGGGGACCAGCAGAGAGACGGAGAGCCGGGGACCACUGAGGACCGUUUCACUGACCGGGGACAGGGACUGACAGCGGGGAAACACAGGACACACCUGCUGAGGCUGCAUAAGAACAGCUGGAGUUACCUGGAUAUUACUCUGUGCGCAGGCUUACGUUUUUCGGCCCCUUGUUGCAGCCCCCCCCCCUCCUUCCCUCCUGCAGCUCUGAGGACAUGUGUCGCCCGCUGCUGGCUUCCCUCGUCAUUUGCUUCUGGUUGGUGGAGAGGAGCCGGUGCAGCAGCAGCCUUCAGGACGGCAUGGGAGAGCUGCACAACCGCUUCUCCGUCAGCCUCUACCAGACGCUCACCGAGACGGAGAACAUCUCCAACCUCAUCGUGUCUCCAGUGAGCGUGUCCCUGUCUCUGGGGCUGCUGCAGCUCGGGGCCCGGGGGAACACCCUGGCUCAGCUGGAGGGGGCCCUCGGAUACAGUGUGAAGGAUGCCACUGUUCAAAACUUCCUGUUGCAUUCGCACAGCGACAUGAGGAACAACAGCCAGGGGAUCUGGCUGCAGCAGACCUGCACGCUGUUCGUACAGAGCGGCGUCCAGCUCCUCUCUGAGUUCACUAAACAUGCAGCUGUGUGGGCUAACACCAGCGUGGUGAGGGCCAACUUCAGCCAGCCCAACCCCAGGCAGCAGGAGAGAGCGGGGAACAACCACGACGAGCCCCUCCAGUCGGGCAGCAGCAGCGGGGAGCUGUCGGGGUCCGGCGAGGCCCAGGCGGAGGCUCUGUGGUGGGGCCACCGGCUGCAGAUGGCCCUCGUGAACACCGUGGCGUUCAGGGGCGUCUGGCAGAAACAGUUUCUGUUCACCAACACUCAGAACCUGCCCUUCACCCUCCCUGACGGCAGCGUCAUCAAAGUGCCCAUGAUGUACCAGGCCACAGAGGUCAGCUUCGGUGUGUGUCCCCCUCCCUCAGGUCAGUUCAGGACGGCCUCAGAUCACCGCUACACCGUGCUGGAGCUGCCGUACCUGGGCCGCUCGCUCAGCCUGCAGGUGGCGCUGCCGAGCGAGAGGAAGACCCCUCUGUCCUGCAUCGAGUCGCAGCUCACCGCCCGGCAGCUUGCAUCAUGGGAAACUGGCCUGCGCAGAACCAAGAUGGACGUCUUCCUCCCCAGGUUCAGGAUGCAGAACAAGUUCAACCUGAGGUCGGUUCUUCCCGCCAUGGGCAUCAGCGACGCCUUCAACCCGACAGCAGCGGACUUCUCUGAAAUAUCAGCGGAGGAAAGUCUUUAUGUUUCUGAUGCUUUCCAUGAGGUGAGGAUUGAAGUCACAGAAGACGGGACGAAGGCAGCUGCAGCUACAGCUAUGGUGCUUCUCAAGAGAUCCCGUGCUCCUGUCUUCAAAGCGGACCGGCCGUUCCUAUUUCUGAUACGACAAGUCAACACAGGAUCCAUCUUGUUUAUGGGCCGAGUGAUGAACCCAGCGGACCAAACACCCUAAGAAUCUCACACACACUACUGGUAUUUAUUUGUGGACCAACGGUUAGGUCCACGCCACGGACACUUCAGGAAGAGGGAUAAUAUUUUUGUACAUGUCUGUAAAUAAAAUUUUAAUACAUGUUUUUA